AGCUAUUAACAAAUUCACUUCGUUAUCGGUAACAAUGUAUGAUAAAUUUAAACAUUUUUUAAAGAGAUGGCGCUACUAGUUAAAGAAUGGAUUAUCGCGUGGUGAUAGGUCAAUAAGAAUAAUUAAGAAUUACAUUUUUACACUGUUAAAUAUAUUUAAGUGAAAUCAAAGAGAAAUAUGUGGCUAGAAGAAUGUGAUGGUUUUGCUGAAUUAUGUCGAGGAUAUUUGCCAUAUUAUUUAUUAAUAAUUCUACCAAUUUUUAUUAUUAUUUCUCCAGUUAACCCAGUUGCAGCAUCUCAUGAAUUUCCCGUAUACCGAAUGCACCAGUAUGACUUGCAUGGUGUGCCACACGGUUGUCGUAAUGCUCCUAUUUCUCUGGAAGCAAGAUCUCUUACAGGAUGGAGCACAUCUAGGCACUGUGUAGUUACAAAAGUUUUAAAUCUUACUCCUAGCUUGUUUCAUUCUAUUAAACAUAAAGCUGGAGCUUUGAUAGUAAUUUUACCAGAAAAACUCACUGAAUUAACAUUGGAGGAAAAACAGCAUAUUAUGAAUCUAGAAGAAUCUAUGCUGUUUGGACCAGAAACAACAAUUCCAGUAUAUUUCACUUCUUGGCAUCCAGAUUUACAAGCAAUCUUAGAUGAUCUUUCUAAUGGUUUUAUUACUGAUGAAAAAGCUAAUUCUGCAGCUGAAGCAAUGUUCAAUUCUAUAUCUGCUAGUGGUUAUCAAGUAGUUGUAGCAACUGGGCAAGCAUUAGCUAAAACAGAUGUUAAAAUAGCUACUUUGCAUGGAAAAUUAACUGGUAAUGGAGCUGAAGAAAAAUUACCAACUAUAGCCUUAGUAACACAUUAUGAUAGUGCUGGUAUUGCACCUGAAAUGUCUUUUGGGGCAGAUAGCAAUGCAUCUGGUGUAGCAAUGUUAUUAGAAAUAGCACGAUUGUUUUCUAUUUUAUAUUCUACUAGUAGAUCAAGACCACAAUAUAAUCUUGUUUUUAUUGUUACUGGUGCUGGUAAACUUAAUUAUCAAGGUAGCAAAAAAUGGCUAGAAGAUCAAUUAGAUGGACUUGAAGGCUCAAUAAUACAAGAUGCAGCUUAUGUCAUUUGUCUUGACACAGUAUCUACUAGUGAUAAUUUUUAUGUGCAUGUGUCAAAACCACCUAAAGAAAAUUCCACAGGUGGUCUUUUUUACAAAGAACUUAAAACUGUAUCUGAGUUAUUAAAUAUCACUACUGUUGAAGGUGUACAUAAAAAAAUUAAUUUAGCUGAAGAAACGUUAGCUUGGGAACAUGAAAGAUAUAGCAUUCGUAGAUUACCAGCUACAACUUUGUCUACUUUAAAAAGUCAUGAAGAUCCAAUUAGAACAACAAUCUUAGAUGUGAUUCAAACGAAACAAAUAGAUAAACUAUAUAAACAUACUCAAGUAAUUGCAGAAGCAUUAGCAAGACAUAUGUACAAUUUAAGUUCCAGUCAAAUUUUCAUCAAUCCUCUGGAUGUUUCUAAGGAAUCAUUAUCUUUAUGGUUUAGUUAUUUAGCGUCGCAACCAAGAGCUGCUCCAUUAUUGGCAGAUAAAAAUAAUAUAUUAGUUAACACAUUGAGAGAAGCAAUGACUAGAUAUCUUGGAGAUGUUAAAAUUACUUUUCAUAGUCCUGACAAACAAGAUCCAGAAUUUGUAUUUUAUGAUGUUACAAAAGCAAUAUUAAAUGUAUACAGCGUAAAACCAGCUGUAUUCGAUCUUUUUCUUACAAUUGCCAUAAUUAUAUAUCUGGGAAUUAUUUAUGUAAUUGUGCACAAUUUCCCACGGGCAUAUUUUUUGGCAACCCGUUUUUCCAUAAAGAACAAAUCGUCAUGAAAUUACGUUAAUAUUUCAAUGUUUUCUGUUAUAUUGUAAAAUUCGCUAAAUAUUUUUUAAUGAAUUUAAUAUAUAAUAUAAUAAGUAUAAGUAUCAAACAAAACUAUAUACAUUAAUUUUUGCUCAUAUUAAUCUUAAAUUAAAAAUCAUCUAUAUGUUGUAUCUUAAAUCUGUAAAUAUUAUAUAGUUCCUUAAUUUCAACUUGAAUUUUCGUUCAUAUAUAUACUUUCUUGAAUAAAAAUAAUGGAUAUAGCAAAGUUAUUCAGAAAAAACUUUUCAUUUUUAAAUAAAUUAUUAUAUAAGAAUAAUAAUCAAGACCAAGUAAUAACAGACCAAAUAGUGAGACUUCAAAAUGCAAUUUAUAACUCAAAAGACUGGAAAAUUUUA